GAAAAAAGUCAUUCAGCAGUGCAAAAGACUUCCUGCAACCAGCGAUUUACAGGAACUUUUGCUAGCAGCAGAAUCUCUUCGUGAUGACACUGAAGAUGAUGUUCAUAUUGUUUGGGACAGCGACCUUGCUUCAGUACUACUACUGUUGCAUCUGAUUCCACCAUCUGCUCAAGGCCGGAAGAGACCAGGGAAAGUUUCUGCUUCUCAAGCAGAAAAUCAUCUUGUUGUCUUCAAGAAGAGUGGAACAAACAUUGAGGAGCAGCUGCAAGACAUCUCUGCGAGCGCUCAGCCCUAUCUCCUGGCUGUAGGUCCUCAGAAGGAUUCAAUUCACCAGUUCUUCAUCAUCCUUGAUCAGCAUGCCAUUCCAUGCAAGUCCACCUCUUCUCUUGGUGCCUUUGAUGAACUGUUUAAGGCACAUUAUGUUUUUGGCACCUCUUACAACACCAUGCUGCACAACAUGUACACUUUCAUUCAAACCACUGUGUACAACAUAGAUGUUGGGAAAGUGAAAGAAAGUCCUCGUGUUGCUGAGGUUAGGGCAAGGCUGCUUAACUAGGUGCCUAAAGUUCCAGUGCACUCAUGAAGUGUUUUGUUUGUGAGACUGAAUUAAAUGGUUCAAAAAUGCUUGUUAGGCACUUCAGAUUUGUUCAUGGUUUGGUUCCUGGAAAGAGCCUUCGACUUAAAUGUGUAGAGGCAGGAUGCGGUUCUGAGUUUGGUACCUUCUCAGGUUUUAGAAAACAUUUGAAUAUAAAACAUCCUGAACAAUGUGAACAGAGUUGUGACCCUAGUGGCAUCUGUGAGGCAGAGGAAGAAAGUAGUGCUGCAAUGUUUCACCAGAGUGACAGUGCUGAAGAUGUGGCCACAACAUCUGUAAUGUUAAAGUCUAAUAAGAACACUUUAGAUAUGUGUGCGUCUGCUGUUGCACAACUGAAAGUUGCUGGUUUAAGUCAGUCUGCAAUAAAUGGUUUUGUUUCAUCUAUGGAAGAAGUGGUUUUUGAGAUUCAUAGUCAAGCCCAGGAUGCAGCUUUGCUCUGUCUAUCUUCUGAGGACACUGUUAGUAAAAGGAAAAUAGAGGAAUCUUUUACAAAUUUAGAAAAUCCAUUUACUUUGUUAAAUUCGGAAGUCAAGCGACAGCGACUGUUUACAGCGAAAUGGGGAAUUGUUGAACCUAGUGAAAUAGUACUCGGCACAAGAUUUGACAGCAGAAGAAAUAAAACUACAGGAACAUUUGAUCAAGUUGUUGUGACUGAUAAAUUUUCUUAUAUUCCCAUUUUAGAAACACUAAAGACAAUUUUAAAAAAUCCACAACUUACCCAUUUGUUUAAACCCAGACACAUUUCAAAGGAAGGAAUUUAUGUGGACUUAAGUGAUGCAGCACAUUUUAAAAGCAGUCCUUUAUUUUCUACAGAAAAAGAUGCCUUACAAAUUCAGUUAUUUUAUGAUGAUUUUGAGACAGCUAAUCCACUGGGCUCAAAGAAAGGUAUACAUAAAUUGGGUGCAAUCUAUUUUUCAUUAAGAAAUUUCCCACCAGUUUUUAACUCCUCACUGGUUAAUAUUCAUUUAUGUGCCCUCUUUCAUGCACAGGAUGUUAAGCGCUAUGGUUUUAACUCCAUAAUUGAGCCCCUGGUCAAUGAUCUGAAAGUGCUUGAAAUUGAGGGAGUUAAGAAUCCAGUGUCUGGAAGAUGCAUCAAGGGUACUAUCGUUCAAGUCACAGGGGAUAACCUAGGUCUGCACAGCUUGUUUGGCUUUCUGGAAUCAUUUGGGGCUCGAUAUUGUUGUCGUUUUUGUCUGCUUGAGAAGCAUCAGUUUCAGUCAGUGUUCUCUGAAGAUAGUCCUGAGGUUGAACUAAGAACUGCUGAGAUGCAUGCUCUGCAUUGUGAAACUUUACAGUCUGAUUCUACACUACCUCACGUGUAUGGUGUCAAAAGGGCAUGCUUAUUAAAUUCCCUCAAAUAUUUCAACACAGCCACCAAUUUUGCUGUUGAUAUAAUGCACGACAUUCUAGAAGGAGUUGCCCAGCUAGAGGUAAAACUUGUUCUGCAGUACAUUCAGCAUAAUUUUCUGAGUGCCAAUGAUCUUGAUGGUAGAGUACAUGCUUUUGACUAUGGUUACAAUCAGCAGAGAAACCGUCCUCCAAAAGUCAAAUUGCUUGAUGGAAGCAAUGAUUUAGGUUUAAAUGCUAUUCAAUCUUAGUGCUUAUUGCGCAAUUUGCCUUUAAUAUUUGGAGAUUUAAUACAUAAAGAUGAUAAACACUGGCAUCUUUUGCUUUUACUUCUGCAGAUUGUUAACAUUGUCUUUUCACCUGUCUUAACAGAUGGCAUGACCACUUAUCUUAAACAUUUGAUAAUUGAACAUCAUCGGCUAUUUAAAAUGUUAUUCCCCCAAAAAAAUCUUCUGCCAAAACAUCACAUCAUGAUACAUUACCCACAAUGUAUAAGGAAAAUUGGUCCAAUUUUGCACACAUGGUGUAUGCGUUAUGAAGCUAAGCACAAAUUCUUUAAAACACAAUUAAAAAGUUUCAAAAACAUCACCAAAACACUAGCCAAAAAGCACCAGAGUUGUAUGGCAAUGUAUUGGGAGUCUUUUAGCCAGUACAGACUGACUCUUGGCCCAGGAAAGAUGGUGGAACUCAGGGAAAUUAGAGGUGGCCCAGAGAUUGCUUCAAAAUUAGGUGUGGUAAUAUCUGAAAUAGUCUAUGCUGUAAAGUGGAUCAAACAUCAUGGCACAGAGUAUCAUCCUGACUUUAUUAUCUGCACAGAAGUAGCAAAUGAGAUGCCAGUGUUUUGUAAGAUCAUGACUCUAGCUGUCAAAAAUGAAAAUGUACUGUUAUGUGGCACACUAAUGGAAACUGUAUGUUUUGAUGAGCAUUACUAUGCUUUUACAGUCAGACUGCAUCCAGAAAAAGUUUUAACAGUUGUCAAUGUUAAUGAGCUGUGUUAUUUCAAACCAUUUGAUCUUCAAAGAAAAUAUGGUACAACUGAUUCUGUACUUCAUAUUGUACCAUAUUGCCAUUUUAUGCAGACUUGACAUUUUUGCACUGUAUUUUUGUAAGCCUGAAUGUUUUAAUAAAAGUUUUAACUGAUAUU